CCUCUCUACUCUGUACUCAUCAACCAACAACUCACUUCUUUGCGUGCGUUGCAGUGAUUACUGCUUCUCUCCGAUCUUUUUCUUCCUCACCAACGUCAGUGUCAUUGCAACUAAAAAGCAAUUCCGACUCGAAUUUCCUUUGGUCCCGCAAGGACAACUUUAUCGCACGAUGGCUACGUUCCUUCGGCGACCUUUUGCUCUCUCGGGAGCAGUCCUGAAGGAGCUCCCGAAAUCCUCUCCUUCAUCCGCAGCUCGAUCAUUCCAUAGCGGUGCCUUCUUCACGGCCCCAAGACCUGCAACAUCUGCAACUGUUUCUCGCAACGCAUUUGCUGCAUCCCGCUCCGCUGCCUUCUCGUCCACAUCCAAGACAUCCGGCGUCUUUUCUUCUCCUCUUGCCGCGCUCCGCUCCCGUGGGAACAAUGUCCUCCAAUCCACCUUUCGACGAACGUACACGAAUCAGGGCUACCAAGCCUCUGCUCCUAAUGCCGGUACGCUCACACAGCGUUUGCUCUAUGGCGCGGGAAUCGUUGGCGGUACACUUGUGGCCAUCAACCUCAUUUUCAACCGUGAGACGCGUGAGGAUGGCGGCAUGCCGCCUUUUGAGCGAAGCUUUCUGAAUGAGACUUUCCUCCACACUGGCCUUGGCGUGGGUAUCAUUGGUAUUGCCGCUCGUGCUCUGCACGUGAAUGGCUGGAGUUACCGCCUUAUGGCAAUGAACCCCUGGAUGGUCAUGGGCCUCAGCUUGGUUGCUAGCAUCGGUACUAUGUACGGCACUUUUAACACGCAUCCUAGCAACUACGUCCAAAAAUACGCUCUCUGGGCCGGGUUCAACCUGGCUCAGGCUGCCAUUCUCUCGCCUCUUAUGUUCAUGUCCCCUGCUCUGCUCGCCCGUGCAGGUCUCUACACCGUUGCCAUGAUGGGCUCUAUUGCAUUCGUUGGUGCCACUGCUAAGCAGGAGAAGUACCUCUACCUCGGUGGUCCCCUUCUUGCUGGUGUUGCGAUUGUUGCCGUGUCUGGUCUCGCCCCCCUCGUUCUUCCCGCAACUGCGGUUCGCACCCUGGCUUGGAGUGAGAAGAUCUGGCUCUAUGGCGGUCUCGCUGUCUUUGGUGGCUUCACCCUGUAUGACGUCCAAAAGGUUUUGCACCAUGCUCGUCUCUCCGAGCGCGGUCUUAUCCCCCGCGAUGUCGUUAAUGAGAGCAUCUCGCUCGAGCUCGACUUUUUGAACAUUUUCAUCCGCAUGGUUCAGAUUUUGGGUAUGAGACAGAACAACCGUCGCUAAAUGUAACCCAAGAUUUGUUGAUCGCUUUCGGACUCGGAGAUCUAUGGAUGAAGAUGACUGGGAGGGGAGAACAGAGAAAAUAUCAAUUUGCGAUUAAUGCACUUUAGCAAGAGCUAUGAUAGAUAGACUCUUUGCAGCGGAGUUUUGAGCUUUAUCUGUCAAGGAUUAUAUCAUUACAUUUGUACAGUCUUUUCUUUUCUUUUUUCUUUUCCCCUUUAAAUUUAUUUUUAUGAUCUAAUGUCUCCCCUCUU